AGAAGAAAAAUGAUUUGUUUCACCGGCGAUUAGUUAAAGGGACUGACAGCUCAAAGUAAUAUAACCUUAUUGUUAAAAAUGAGAAAUUUUUCUGUUCAUAAACUAUAUCUAGAAUAAAUUAACUUACUCCUGGUAAACUGAUUUCUUAAUUAAUAUCUCAGAUCUACAAAGAAUUGUUAGCAUGCUGCAAGAAAUUAUUUCAACGAGCAAUAUUGUCAAAUUAAUCACUACAACGAAUUCUUAUUUAUUACUAAGUUAGAAUUAGUUAUGAUCUAAGUUAUGAUCUAAACUCAAGCUUUACAAACAGUUGAUAAUAUGAGAGAAUAUCCAAAUAAUAGAGUUAUGGAGAGAAAAGCAAUUGAACGCUAUGUAUAAAAUUGAUUCAUUGAAAUUUAAUAACUUGCUUGUGGCGAUGUACAUUGAAGAUAUCCUAGAUAAGCACCUUUAAUGGAGUUUGGAAAAUAUACUGGUAAAAAGCCCCACAGUUUAAAAUUAAACUUAAUAUACAUUCAACUUUGCUUUUCUAAGUCUAAUACUAAGUACUUAAGGAAAUAUAUGACUUAGGGAAUUUAUAAAAAUAUUUGGAUUUACUGGAGAUUAGGAUGAAUGAUCAACAUUUUCUAUCCCAUCAGGCACCUAAUCAAGUAUUAUAUAAAAAUAUAUGAAAAAUGACAUAUUUGUGGUUUCGAAUAUUUAUACUAGCUACAUUGUAUCAAUGUUUUUAUGGCGAUCCAAAUUUUGUACUAGUUUUGACAGAUGAUCAAGAUUUAUUGUUAAACUCAAUGAUUGCCAUGGAGAAUACCAUCAACUUAUUGGGAAAUAAUGGCAAAACCUUUAAAAAUGCUUUUGUGAAUACUCCUAUCUGCUGCCCAAGUAGAAGUACAAUAUUGACAGGAAAAUUCGCACACAACACUGGAGUUGUAAAUAAUUCUAUAAGUGGAAACUGUUCAAGUCCAAUGUGGCAAGAAAAACACGAACCCAAUAGUGUCUCUGCUAUUCUCAAGAGGAACAAAAACUAUGUUACAUUCUAUUCUGGAAAAUAUAUGAAUGGGUAUGGAUUUGCAGAAGCUGGAGGUAUUGAACAUGUUCCAGAAGGAUAUGACUGGUGGAUAGGUUUAAAAGGAAACUCAGUUUAUUAUAAUUACACAUUAUCAAUCAAUGGAACAGAAUAUUUUUCAAGUGACAAAUACCUAACAGACACUUUGGCGGAAUACUCAAUAAAAUUUUUGGAACAGAGAGCAACUGAUAGGCCGUUCUUCAUGACUAUAGCACCACCAGCUGCACAUGCUCCAUUUACACCCGCCAAACGACAUGAAAAUAAGUAUGCGGGAACUAAAGCUGUUAGAAGUCCAUCUUUUAAUCAUUCAGGAUCAGAUAAACACUGGUUGAUACGGAUGCCUCCAGAAUAUUUACCGGAUGAUGUUGAUAUACUGGACAAGGUACAACAGCACAGAUUGGAAUCAUUGUUGGCUGUUGAUGAAUUAGUACAAGGCGUCGUUUCUAAACUGGAAAUGUUGGAUUUAUUGAAGGAUACUUAUAUUAUCUUUACGUCAGAUCAUGGAUUUCAUAUAGGGCAAUUCAGUCAACCAUGGGAUAAAAGACAGCCCUAUGAAACCGAUAUUCGAGUACCUUUCAUAGUAAGUGGACCCAAAAUACCCGCCAAGUCAUCAGGAACCUUCCCAAUAUCUGCGGUGGAUAUUGUUCCUACUAUAUUAGAUUUGGCUAAUAUCGAUGUACCAUCUUACAUAGAUGGAAAAAGUUUCAAAACACAAUUGUUCGCAGAACCAUCUGAUUCCUUCAAUAGAACUAUACUCAUUGAAUAUUGGGGCGAAGGGGAUACUCGUAGAAUAGAUCCUAAAUGUGCAUGGACUGAUCCAAAUUUAACUGAAUGUAUUCCAGACCAGUGGUGUAAAUGUCAAGACUCAAGAAAUAAUACAUUCACUUGUAUGGUUGAAUUGACAGAGUCACAGAACUUCAAAUUUUGUAGAUUUAACGAUGAAGAGAACUUUUUGGAAGCAUACAAUCUAACAGUGGAUCCAUUUGAAUUGAAAAAUGUGGCAAAUGAAUUGAAUAGUGGAAGAAAACAACACUACUUAUCGAUUUUGGAAAAUCUUCAAAAAUGCAGAGGAAGUGAAUGUAAAGAAAUGAUGUAAAGGUUUCAUGAAAUAAUACAAUUAAAUACAUUUUUGUAAAAAAUUCAAUUAUGUAAAUAUUCAAUUAUAUUCAAGAUAUUUUGUAUUUAAUUUAAUAAAAUGUAUGAAAUGAUA